AUGCUGUCGCAUCUACGCUUCCACCGGCGCGGGCCGUCCAACCCGGCGUCGCCCGCCGGCGACCAGCAGCAGCCCUCCCCGCUGAGCAACGCGAACUCGCCCUUCACCCCCGACGCCGUCUCGUCCCCGGACACGCAGCCGCCGACAUCGACCACGUCGCUCGUCCCGCCGACGCUGCCACCCAUUCCACGCGUCGCCUCGGACCAGUCCACGCCCCUGCCCGACUUCUCCUCCCCGUCCUCCACUUCCAGCCAUCACCAUGGGCUGCCUACCAUUGAGCAGCAGCAGCGCGGGUCGAUGCAGCCGCCGCCUGCCCGCUCGCCCUACACCAACGACUCGGGAUUCAUCGGUGGCGUCGCCCUAGAGAACUACCGACGCGGCCUGCGGGCGCAGAGGUCGUUCGUCACACCUGAGAACCAUGCCGCGCCGCAGCUCGACGACCAGCAGCUGCGCGCCAAGACAACAACCCCCGCCUCCGCCGCCUCCGCCGCCUCCGCCGUUGGUGCGCCGUCGUCUGUUGUUGCACCGAGGCCAAGUAUCCCGCCGCAGAGCUUCUCCAAGGUGCCGUCGCACUCUUCCAUCUCACCGUCGGACGGUGCAGCGUCUUUUCAGCCGACCGGUCGCCGCCCUGCAGGCCUGGGUCUCGCUGGCGACUUCACGCCCUCCUCUUACGUCACCAUCACGCCCAUGGAGCCUCACAAGGCGAAGAAGGGCCUGCCAUUUUUGAAGAACCCCAUGUCUACGCUUUUGAUGCGACGAAAAGCCAACCAAAACCCUCCCGAACCUCUGCCAACGCCCGCGCUACCUAGCCAAGAUUCCGAGCCAGCGUACGACCCACGUAUCAAGGGCACACGUGUCCACGACUUCAGUGCCCCGAGGCGACGGAGCAUCCCGCGGAAUGAUUCCUCACAAACAAUAACAAGACCUUCGCCUUCUGAGUAUCAAGGGGGGUCGGUGCCGGCGCCGGCGCCGGCGCCGUUUCCUGUUCCAACGCCUGUCCCUCCACCAGCGCAUGAAGAGGCGGCGCCGGAACCCGUCAGCAAUCAAGCCUCUACACCUGAUUAUCUCUCCAAAAACAAGAGCCUGCCGCCUGCCCCCUUCCCAGAGAUGCGAAAUGGCUCUUUCAGAGACAGAAUGCGCAGCUCAAGUGGCUCUUCAAUGUCGACCACUCAACACGAAAACCUCUCCAGUAUUGCCGAGGACAAUGCCCACCGCGAAUCUGAUUCUUUCCGACGUGCUAAUCCAUCAACACGAACUACACGUUCUCGAAAGAUAUCCUUAUCGGAAAUGUCAAGCAGGGAUACUAUGACGUCUUUGCCAAGACACAUGAAGAGCACGAGCUCUCGGUUCAGCUUUGAUAUGAUAGGAGCCGCGAAGCAGGAAAAGAUUAUGGAGGAGAGACAUCGGCAGCGGCAAUUAGAAAAGGGCGAACCAGAGAGCACGGAACGAAGAGACUCAAGAUUUGACGAAUUUGAUGAAGAUGCAUUUGACUAUGACGCCAUGAUGGACGAUGACGGUCUGGAAGAAAGGAUACCGGGUGUUAAUGCCGAUUUUGAUGAAGAAGACGAUUACCUCAACGAAACACCUUACAUACAAGAGGACCAAUUUGAUGCUCAGGAUGACCCCGACAAUGAUCAACAAAACUUUUCUGGUUUCGUUUUUCAAAGAUCGAAUCCUGAAUCUGCACUCGCCAGUCCUGCCUUGCCAGGCCAAAUGCCGAACACUCCGCGAGACGCACAUGGCCAUCCGAUCGGCUCAGCACUUACCAAAGACACACCGACGACAGCGACUUUCCCCUUGCCGGCUCAGACAAAUCCCGACGAUAUGGAUUUAGCUUUCUCACAACAGCUCUCAGGCCUCGCAGUCAAUGAGCAUACACCACUGACUGAGGAAGAAAGGACCCCUGGCGCCCGAACGAACGUCUUAGGGUCAGUGCAAGAGGACGAGUUGUAUUUCGAUGAUGGUAUAAUUGGCUACGAGGACGAAUUUGCAGAAGACCUCGCUGCCGGAAUCGAUCCUAACGACGAGCCAUUUGAUGAAUCCAUAUUUGACAAUGAUGAUACAGAUCAGUUUGGCCGCCCGGUUCCUGGUGCAUUUGCUCAUGCCCAGUCGAUGCGUAAAUCUGACAGUCAGUUGAAGAAGAGGGAAUCCGACAUGACCUCGCGCUUCUCUGCUCAAUCAGGACAAUCGCAAUCUACUGCCCACACUUCAUAUAGUGCAGGCAUGGCCGAUGCGGCGCACGGGGGCAGCUCCAUGAUUUCGCCGUUAGGUAGAGUAUCUUCAAUGAUGGGACCAUCCUCAACACCAUCGCAGCGCAAGAUGGCGGCGUAUCAAGCCGCCCUCGCUGCCGCUGCGCAUGAGGCUGCGGCUUCUGGUAAAUUCCAGCGUAGCGCGUCACCUGUACUAGAAGAUGAGGAGGAGUCAGAGUACAGCACGGAAGAUUUGGAGGAUGCCGAGAAGCAAGAGUCCACUGUCAAAAUUCAAGACGACGUGGAAUAUGAGCCUACGGGUGAUAUCUAUGACGAUCUUGGCUACGAGAACAUGGACGAUUUUGAGCUCGACGACGAUGCGAUCAUUGCCGAGGCCAAUGCCAGCGCGUUAGCAAAUGACUCAGACGGCUGGUAUGGUCAGGAAUUUGGGUUUUAUGCAGCCCCUACGACGCAGCACCAGGGAUCAUACAGCUCCAGCGCCUCCGGCAGCACGGAAUACCAGUAUUCAAAUGGCGGCUUCUUCGGACCGCGCAGUGACCUGGCUCGAACUGCUAGUGGCCGCCUCAUCUCACGCGAGCCUAACCUCACCCCCAUCACGGAACGCUCCGAAUAUUCCAACCGAAACUCGAUCAUGAGCAUGGCUUUGCCGCCCAUAGUCGGCGGCACACCCACCGUGCAGAGCCCCGGGCUUGCGCAACUAGCGAUGAUGUCAGGGGAGGGCGACGAGAUGACGCUGUCCGCAUUGUUGCGUCUCCGCAACAAGGCGUGGGGAGGCUCGCAGGCGAGCCUGUCCUCGAGCCGUGAAGGAUCGCCAAAGUCUGAGAGGGGCGAGCUUCCGAGCUCCCCGUGGGCCGCCAACACCGCCUCCAUGCCGGGACCCACGCACAAACGCCAGAACUCGCUCCUCUCGAGUGAGGGUCGUGAUUCUGAGCUGGGAAGUCUGCCCGGCAGCCCGACACUGACCAUGGCAAACGCAGCACUCGGUCUGCAGGCGCAGUCCAACGCUCUCGCUGCAUUCCAGCAACAGCAGCAACAGCAGGGUAACCCGGUUCGCGGCAACUCCGCGCCCUCUACGUAUCCUCCCCCGCGAGCGCACAACGGCCAGAGCAUUUCCGCGCCGGUGUCGGCCGCGCCGGGCAGGAACUCGAGCGAGUGGACCUGGUCGCCCGAGGUCCCCAACGCGCCGGCUCGGGCUGCGUCGCUCUCGAGGCAGGCCAAGGGGCAUCGCCGGCAGCAGAGCUCGACCGAGAGCGUAUCGUACAUCAUGGAGGAGGAGGACAACGGCGAGGCGCGCUGGAUUAUGGAGAGGCGGCGCACGGGGGACGAUAACGAGACGGAGCUGCUGGAGCGGGAGAUCAUUCCUGGAGGGCGCAUAUAA